ACUGCUUCCCGUUUGUUGCUGAUUCUCGCUGUCCUUUCCAGCUCGGCAACACAGAACCUCAUUCUUGACCUUCAUUUCUCUCUCUAGAACUCUCUUCUCUCUCUCUCUGUGCAUCAAGAUGGUGAAAGGUCCGGGGCUCUACUCCGAUAUCGGCAAGAAAGCCAGAGAUCUUCUGUACAGGGAUUACCAGAGCGACCAUAAGUUCACCGUCACGACCUAUACAUCCACCGGAGUCGCCAUUACUUCAUCUGGAACUAAGAAGGGUGAGUCAUUUUUGGCCGAUGUAACAACACAGCUGAAGAACAAGAAUAUUACCACUGAUAUAAAAGUGGACACCAACUCUAAUGUUUUCACCACAAUUACUGUUGAUGAACCUGUUCCUGGACUCAAGACCAUCUUUAGCUUCAUCGUUCCUGAUCAGAGAUCUGGAAAGGUAGAACUCCAGUACCUGCAUGAGUAUGCUGGAAUCAGUUCUAGUAUUGGUUUAACUGCCAGUCCUAUUGUGAACUUCUCUGGUGUGGCUGGGAAUGAUGUAGUGUCUCUUGGGACUGAUCUUGCUUUCGACACUGCCACUGGAAACUUCACCAAAUGCAAUGCAGGGUUGAGUUUCACCAAGUCUGACCUCAUUGCUUCCUUGACAUUGAAUGAUAAAGGUGAUGCCGUUACUGCUUCCUACUAUCACACAGUGAGCCCAUUGACCAAUACUGCUGUUGGUGCGGAACUGACACACAGCUUCUCAAGUAAUGAAAACACACUCACCAUUGGAACGCAACAUGCAUUGGACCCACUAACCACAGUGAAAGCUCGGGUGAACAGCUUUGGCAAGGCCAGUGCUCUGAUCCAGCAUGAGUGGCGUCCAAAAUCCCUCUUCACCAUCUCUGGGGAGGUGGACACUAGGGCAUUUGAGAAAAGUGCCAAGAUUGGGCUGGCUUUGGCCCUGAAGCCCUGAUUUUACUGAUGUCAUUCAGUGUGGAUUGAAGAAACCAGCCUUGUUUUUUGUAUGAUGAGGACAAUAAGGUAGGUAGAAUGAUAUCUUGGCACAAUAUCACCUUUUCCUUAAAAAUGUUUUUGCCAGUCAAUUGUAGUGGCAUUGGUUCCUGACUUGGGUGGUUAUGGGUUGUAAAAGAUGAUCUCAAGCUGGUGGCAAAACUGGCAUCAUCCUUCGCAUGUUUCCCUAUCAUGCUAUUCAUCGUUAAACAUGGAUCAAAUGAGCUUAAUUUUUCUUGUGGAAUAUGUUUAAACUUAAAAUCAUACUGUUUCAUGGUCUGUGUUCA